CAAAUUUGACACUACUUAGGUUAAGAGCAUUGUUGUUAUCCUCCAGUCAGCGAUCGAAAAGAGAAUAAUUAAGUUUUGUGUGAAAAAUAGUCCAUUUUAGACCAACGAUGGCACAAAAACGCACUUCAAGUGCCCUAGUAGUAGCUCCCGAAGCUAAAAGAACCCGAAAUGAGUUGGUGGGAUACACAAAUAAGGACAAAGCUCUGAUGGAAGCCGGAAUACAAAGAACAUCUAGUCUGCUGGCUCCAAUUAUGUUGCUCGAAGGUCAUCAAGGCGAGAUAUUCACCUGCGAAUUCCACCCGGAUGGAGAACUGUUGGUUUCGUCUGGGUUUGACCGGCAAAUUUACAUUUGGAAAGUGUAUGGCGAAUGUGAAAAUAUUAUGGCUUUGUCUGGACACACAGGCGCGGUAAUGGAGGCUCACUUUUCCACGGACGGCGGCAACUUGUUUACCUGCGCCACUGACAAAACGGUUGCAAUAUGGGACGUAACCUACGGCACAAGGAUCCGCAAAUUGAAAGGCCACACUACAUUCGUGAAUUCUGUUCAGGGCACACGAAGAGGUGUACAGACUUUGGUGUCGGGUUCAGACGACAGAACCAUCAAAACCUGGGACGCUCGCAAGCGCUUCCCACUUCACACAUUCGAGAGUGGGUAUCCAGUUACCGCAGUUUGCUUCAACGAUACUGGCGAGCAGAUCAUAUCGGGCGGGAUCGAUAAUGAUAUUAAAAUUUGGGACAUGCGGAAGAAUGAGAUCCUCUACAAACUUCGCGGCCACACCGACACCAUCACGGGACUCUCACUGUCCCCCGAUGGGUCCUACAUUCUCUCCAACUCGAUGGACAACACUCUGAGGAUUUGGGACAUUCGGCCGUACGCCCCGGCUGAACGCUGUGUGAAAAUUUUCACGGGAAACCAACAUAAUUUCGAGAAGAACUUGUUGAGGUGUGCCUGGUCGCCGGACGGCAGCAAGAUUUCAGCCGGGUCUGCUGAUCGAUAUGUGUACGUUUGGGACACGACGACAAGAAGGAUUUUGUACAAACUGCCCGGGCACAAUGGAAGCGUGAACGACAUCGACUUCCACCCGAAGGAGCCGAUCAUCCUCUCCGCGUCGAGCGAUAAGAAUUUGUAUUUAGGGGAAAUAGAGAUGUAAAGAGUUUUAGGGAAUAAAAAUUUGAAAGUGGAA